GAGAGACCAGAAUCGAGCAAAGUGGGCGGGAGUAAGGAGUGUAAACACUUCAUACAGUAGCUGCCGUUAGCAGCUAGGUGGCUAAGCUAGUUAACUCUUCGAACUUCGGACUGCGGACUCGGCGUUUAAAUGGCCGGCAUCGCCCUGAAACUGUCCGCUCCCUGGCGCCUUGUCACACUAAGAAGCAGCUCCGUCAGGUUCUCCUCCGUCAGGUUCUCCUCCGUCAGGUUCUCCUCCGUCAGGUUCUCCUCCGUCAGGUUCUCCUCCGUCAGGUUCUCCUCCGUCCCCAGUCUGAGGUUCCACAGCGCUGCCGCUCCACUGAUGGGUGCGACCGUGGAGCAGUUUGAACAGGCCAAGAACAAACUGUCAUCGCUGCAGAAAGAUCCGGGUAACGAGGUCAAACUGAAGAUCUACGCUCUGUUCAAACAGGCCACUCAGGGUCCCUGCAGCAGCCCCAAACCAGGCAUGCUGGACUUCGUCAACAAGGUCAAGUGGGACGCCUGGAAAUCCCUCGGCUCCAUAACUCAGGACGAAGCCAGGCAGCAGUACUGCGACCUGAUUGGCUCGCUGGUGGCGGCAGAGGGCGGGAGCUCGGCCCAGGUUGCCGCUCAGCCUGCUGGGAGCUCGGCGGCGUACGAGGGUCUGUUGGUCACCACGGAGGAUAACAUCACCACCAUCACACUGAACCGACCGGCCAAGAAAAACGCCAUCACCACCGAGAUGUACAGUGAGAUUCUUGCGGCUCUGGAGCAGGCAGCUAAAGACGACUCUGCCCUCACUGUGUUUACAGGUGCUGGAGAUUUCUACUGCAGCGGGAACGACCUGUCCAACUUCACCAGGAUCCCAGAGGGACGGCUGGAGGACGCCGCCAAACACGGAGGAGACAUGCUCCGACAAUAUGUGAAGGCCUACAUCGACUUCCCCAAGCCGCUGGUCGCCGUGGUCAACGGGCCGGCGGUGGGCAUCUCCGUGUCGGUGCUGGCACUGUUCGACCUGGUCUACGCUACAGACAGGGCCACCUUCCACACUCCGUUCACCCAGCUGGGUCAGAGCGCUGAAGGCUGCUCCUCAUACACAUUCCCCAGAAUAAUGGGCAACGCCAAGGCCACUGAGAUGCUGCUGUUCAACAGGAAGCUAACGGCGGUGGAGGCGUGUGCCCUGGGUCUGGUCUCGGAGGUUUUCCCUGACAGCAGCUUCCAGUCGGAGGUUUGGAGACGACUGAAGGAGUACGCCACGCUGCCCCGCAACUCCCUGUCUUUCUCCAAACAGCUGAUCCGGUCUCUGGAGAAGGAUCGUCUGUACGCGGUGAACGAUGCCGAGGUGGAUCGUCUGGUGGAGCGCUGGCAGUCAGAAGAGUGUUUCAACGCCGUCAUGACUUUCUUCCAGUCCAAGUCCAAGCUGUGAGACAGGAGCUGUGUGUGUGUGUCUGUGUCUGUGUGUCUGUGUCUCUGUGUGUCUGUGUGUGUGUGUGUCUGUGUGUCUGUGUCUGUGUCUGUGUCUGUGUCUGUGUGUGUGUGUGUGUGUGUCUCAGUGUGUGUGUGUGUGUGUGUGUGUGUUUAUGAUCCACUCCAGGCAGAUCCACUCCAAUACAGAAAACUAUAAUCAUGACUGUGAAACUGACUGAAUGUUCUUCAUUCUGCUAACAAACUGUUUUAGAUUAUCAACCAGACAAAAUGUUCCAUUUACCAGCUAAAUGACUCACUCAGCUCAGUGUUAGCAUCUUUUUAAGUCCAUAUCUGUGUUUAGCAGCGGGACGUGAUGUUUCUCUCUCUCUCGCUCUCUCUCUCUCUCUCUUCUCUCUCUCUCUCUCUCUCUCUCUCUCUCGCUCUCUCUCUUUCGCUCUCUCUCUCUCUCUCUCGCUCUCUCAGAGUCGAGCUGUAUUCUCCACUGAUCCGGCAGGGUCGGCCGUUAGAAAUCAGUUUAAACAGAGAAUAAACAGAGAAAACAGAUAAAACGGGGAUAAACCGUAAAGGCUGAUUCGACAGAGUAAAGGCGGUAAAUUGGGAAUAAAGUGAGUAACUGUGUUCAGAGUAAACAGGAAAUAAACAGAGAAAACAGAGGAGCAGCUAAAAGAGACCAAGGGAGAAAACGGGAAGAUGCAGAGUAAAGGCCGAGUCACCAGGGAAUGUAAACACAGAGUAAACACAGAGUAAACGAGAGUAAACAUGAGUAAACACAGUAAACGGGAGUAAACAUGAGUAAACACAGUAAACGGGAGUAAACAAAGUAAACACAGUAAACGAGAGUAAACACGGUAAACGAGAGUAAACACAGUAAACGAGAGUAAACACGAGUAAACGAGAGUAAACACAGAGUAAACAAAGUAAACACAGAGUAAACACGAGUAAACGAGAGUAAACAUGAGUAAACACAGUAAACGGGAGUAAACAAAGUAAACACAGAGUAAACGAGAGUAAACGGGAGUAAACACAGUAAACGAGAGUAAACACGAGUAAACGAGAGUAAACAUGAGUAAACACAGUAAACGGGAGUAAACACGAGUAAACGAGGGUAAACAUGAGUAAACACAGUAAACGGGAGUAAACAAAGUAAACACAGAGUAAACGAGAGUAAACACAGUAAACGAGAGUAAACAUGAGUAAACACAGUAAACGAGAGUAAACACGAGUAAACGAGGGUAAACAUGAGUAAACACAGUAAACGGGAGUAAACAAAGUAAACACAGAGUAAACGAGAGUAAACACAGUAAACGAGAGUAAACACGAGUAAACGGGAGUAAACAUGAGUAAACACAGAAAGGUUGGAUCUGGAUCUGGUGUGAAUGUGACUCUAAAUGUAAGAAGCUGUGAUUAACGACUGACGGAGCUGAACCUGAACGCCUCGUGGCCUGAUGUCUGUUUGUGCCUUUAAACACUUUGUAACGUGUUUCAGUUUGUGUGAAACAGAAAUGUAGAAAUGAUUUUAAUCUUCUGUCUGAAGUUUCCAAAUGAAUUAAAAUAUUACAUUCAGUCCUCA